CAAACAGACGUAGCGACAGCAAAGCAACUGUGGCGCCACCUCAUAUGUUUGUAUUGAACUAACACGAUUAAAAUGAAAACAAAACAACAGUGGUAGGUGACGGUGUGUAGAAAGCCUAGCAGAAAAUCGGAAUCGUGUUCUCGAUGGAGAACCGGCAACGAGAAAAAAACGAGUGUAGCUGCAGAAAAGUUUGAUCUGCACUUCGUCGUUGCCAAGCAGAAACUUUGGGGUGUUUUACAGGUUUUACACGAUGGCAACCGAUGUGCUUCAGCAACAGCUAAGUGACAUAGAAAGUAAAAUCUUGUCGACCGACACCGAAAUUCAACGAUUACGAAGCGUCAAGCAAGCUUUGUUAAAAAAACGCGACGAACUGAAAGUACGAAUAACUCAGCAGACUCAAGAGGAACUUGCUCGCACGGAUUGGAAUAAAAAUGACUACCCAUGGCACGAACAAGUACGGAAGUAUGCAAAAGAAACUUUCAACAUCAACGAUUUCAGACCCCUGCAAGUACCCGCGAUCAACAUGACUCUAUCGGGCAAGGACUGCAUUCUCAUCAUGCCUACUGGUGGUGGCAAGAGUCUCUGCUACCAGCUACCAGCCCUGGUGUCAGAUGGGAUAACUAUCGUAAUCUCUCCGCUUAUUUCGCUCAUGGAGGAUCAAGUGAUGGCGUUGAAACGUUUAAAUUACCCAGCUGCUAUGCUUUCUGCAACAACACCAAAGGAAGAAGCACAGGCCAUCAACGGUGCACUAACAGAUCCCAAAGCUCCGAUCAAGUUACUAUACAUCACGCCCGAAAGACUAGCAAAGAGCAAGCGAUUUAUGGCCAAGCUCGAGAAGAUGUACAAAGAUGGCCAGUUUGCACGCCUCGCCAUUGACGAGGUGCACUGCUGUUCUCAGUGGGGCCACGACUUUCGACCGGAUUACAAGUUCCUCUCGAUCAUGAAACGCCAGUUCCCAAACGUCCCCGUUCUCGGCUUAACAGCGACGGCCACCUCCCACAUUGUUGCGGACGUCCAAAGCAUGCUGGGAAUAGAAGGCUGCAUCGUACUACGUGCCCCUCUGGACAGGCCGAACCUGCGCUACGAAAUCCACCCGAAGCCCGCGGCGCAAAAAGAAUCCAUAAAAUUCGUGGCCGACAUCAUACAGCGCCGAUUUCGAGAUCAGUCGGGCAUCGUGUACUGCUUCUCCAUAAAGGAAACCGAAGAGGUCGCCGCGGGCUUACGCGAGUGCGGGAUCUCCGCGUGCCCGUACCACGCCGUGAUGAACGCCGACGACCGCAGCAGCGUUCACAGGCGUUGGGCCAAGAACAAGCUGCAGGUAGUCUCCGCAACCGUGGCGUUCGGGAUGGGGAUCGACAAGCCCGACGUUCGUUUCGUCAUCCACCACUCGCUCUCGAAGUCGCUCGACAAUUACUACCAGGAAAGCGGUCGUGCGGGCCGAGACGACAGACCGGCGACCUGCAUCUUACUCUACCGGUUCGGCGACAUCUUCCGCCAGAGCUCGAGCGUUUUCACGGAGAGGUCCGGCCAGGAGAACCUCUACGCCAUGGUGAGCUACUGCAUCGACGGCAAGCGCUGCAGGCGGACCAUCCUGUCCGAGCAUUUCGGCGAAGAUUCUGACAUUGCGGUGAACUGCGGCAGUAAGUGUGACAACUGUGAUCCGGACACUGCGGUCACGACUAAAGAAGUCGACGUCACCGAUAUCGUAAAGACUUUGUACAAGAUACUCGACAAUGCGUCCGCGAAAGACGAAAGAUUGACUCCGCUGAAGCUUCUCGAUGCGUGGCAAGGCAAAGGUAGCAAGAAGUUGAAAGCGGAAGGGGUCAAGUCUACGAGCAUGUCGAGAGAGAGGUGCGAAGAGGUUUUAGCAACGGCGCUACUCGAAGGUUACUUGAGCGAAGAUUUUCACUGCACUCCGUACGCAUACAUCAGUUAUAUCGUUGCUGGCCCGAUGGCCGAGGCGGUUAAGGGUGGGAAUAAAGUUGCGUUCACGUUUCGAACACAUUCCAAGAGAAAGCUUUCUGCUACGGACGACAACGAAUCGGUAAAGAAGCAGAAGACGUCCUCCGGGAGCAAAGAAAAAGGAGCUACGAAGCCAUCCCAACCUUCGUGCUCCCAUGGCAUUGUAAUAAUUGAUUGAUCAUUAUAAAAACUGUUAUUUAAUCUUCAACAACAACAACAAUGUUGCUGGUUUGUGGCAACAAAGACCAGGUGGAGUGCAUGCUUCGUCUUUAUUGUACCCGUCAGAAACGGUGUAAAACUUCGUUUGAUGUCGUCCACAAAACUUGCCCCCCUUUUAUUGCACGUCAUGAGCGACACGAUGUUUCGGAGUCCAUGAACAGAUUUUUCCCCCUUAAUUUUCUGCAACCAAGAUUCACAAGAUAAUUCUAAAUAAAAUUAAAAAAUCUGCA